AUGGAGUUGGUCCGGUACGCUCUGCUCAUGGUAUUGGGCGCCCGUCGGCCAUUGACCCUGGUCGAGCUCGCAUCGAGCGUAGCUGCCUAUCGCGCUCUCUCUGCAGGCUCGAAUGUCAUGGAAACCAUAGGCGGCAAAGAACUCUUGGAGCGACUGUACAAGGCGGGCUGCUUGAAGUACAUUGCGGCCUCAUAUCGGCGGGUCACUUUCUUGAGUUGCGAUGAUGUACGGGAGGCCGCCCAUGAGUAUGGAUUAGGAAAAGACAUGCUCAAACGCCGUGGCAAGCUGGCUGUAGCCGAGGCAUCAACCUUUUACAUCUCGCAGCAGGUCAAGGGCAUGGAGUGGGAAGAGAUCAACCAUGUUGCUAUGAGUGUGGCAAGCGAUGUCGUGAAGCUCAGGAAGACAAAUGGGUCUCGACAACACCUUUGCUCCUCUGUGAGAAAUUUUGCUAUCCACGCCUCAUUCCUAUGCUACGCUGCAGAACACUCCGCGUCACAGCUUUCCGAGUUCCCCAUACAUGGUGCCCAGAAUGGCUCCCUGAAAUUGCGGCCGUCACUUCAAGAGUCUCAACAGCAAUUGUGGGAACCAGGCAACUUUUGCUUGCGGUACUGGUAUCACCGGCUCAACAUGGCCCCUCCCUCCGUCCGAGGGUCUUAUGUGCCCUAUCAAGCUUACUCUCGAGCUAAUGGCCCAAUCUCGGAUGAUUUUGGCACAAAGUUCUUCAUUGCCGCUGCGGAGCUGGGGUACCAGGCUUUCAUCACUACAGGCUUGGAACAUCCCGAGAACCGCAAUGAGACCAAUCAGUAUGGGCAUAAUGCCUUACAUAUUGCCUGUAUCCACAGGGAUAUUGCCAUGGUAAAGAUUCUUCUGGUUGUCGUUGACGUGGAUAUGUUUGCCAGAGAUAAUCUUGGCUUCACCCCGUUCCACCUCGCGGCACACCUUGCAGAGCCGGAACUUCUCCAGGUACUCUUCGAUUCGGCCCGGGCUCGGUUCGGUCCGGUGGAACUGCAAAGGUUUCGUGCCAUGUUCCAGGAAUCGAGACCGGGAUGCAGACCAUCAUUCACCAGUGGACAUACGCAAUUGCUGCGACGCUUUCUGUCGUCAAGAAACGACACAGCCGCCCUGAGCCAUUGGGAAGCAUGGACCUUGUGUACCUGUAGCCAUCGGUAUCUCUUCUCGGCCACUCGGAUGGGAAGCGCCAUGAUCUACCUUGCCUGUCGAAGGCAUCCAGAGCUGAUGCAGGCCUUGCACGGGCUUGGCAUCGAUGAAAGACAGCUGCAGCAGCGGUGA